GGGCCAGGACCGGGGCCCCGACCAGUGGUGGGAGGAGGCUGCGGCGCCAGAUUCGGACGCCUGAACAGCCGAGCCGAGGCUCCCUGCGCUCGCUGCGCCCGCGGCCAGUGCCAUGCCCUCCUACACGGUCACCGUGGCCACUGGCAGCCAGUGGUUUGCCGGCACUGACGACUACAUCUACCUCAGCCUCCUGGGCUCGGCGGGCUGCAGCGAGAAGCACCUGCUGGACAAGCCCUUCUACAACGACUUCGAGCGCGGCGCGGUGGAUUCGUACGACGUGACUGUGGAUGAGGAACUGGGCGAGAUCCAGCUGGUCAAAAUCGAGAAGCGCAAGUACUGGCUGCAUGACGACUGGUACCUGAAGUACAUCACACUGAAGACGCCCCACGGGGACUACAUCGAGUUCCCCUGCUACCGCUGGAUCACCGGUGAUGGCGAGGUAGUCCUGAGGGAUGGACGCGCAAAGUUGGCUCGAGAUGACCAAAUACACAUUCUCAAGCAACACCGACGUAAAGAACUGGAAACACGGCAAAAACAGUAUCGAUGGAUGGAGUGGAGCCCUGGCUUUCCCUUGAGCAUCGAUGCCAAAUGCCACAAGGAUUUACCCCGUGAUAUCCAGUUUGAUAGUGAAAAAGGAGUGGACUUUGUUCUGAAUUACUCCAAAGCGAUGGAGAACCUGUUCAUCAACCGCUUCAUGCACAUGUUCCAGUCUUCCUGGAAUGACUUUGCCGACUUUGAGAAAAUCUUCGUCAAGAUCAGCAACACUAUUUCUGAGCGGGUCAUGAAUCAUUGGCAGGAAGACCUGAUGUUUGGCUACCAGUUCCUGAAUGGCUGCAACCCUGUGUUGAUCCGGCGCUGCACAGAGCUGCCGGAGAAGUUCCCGGUGACCACGGAGAUGGUGGAGUGCAGCCUGGAGCGACAGCUCAGCUUGGAGCAGGAGGUCCAGCAAGGGAACAUUUUCAUCGUGGACUUUGAGCUACUGGAUGGCAUCGAUGCCAACAAAACAGACCCCUGCACACUCCAGUUCCUGGCCGCUCCCAUCUGCUUGCUGUAUAAGAACCUGGCCAACAAGAUCGUCCCCAUUGCCAUCCAGCUCAGCCAAAUCCCGGGAGAUGAGAACCCUAUUUUCCUCCCUUCGGAUGCAAAAUACGACUGGCUUUUGGCCAAAAUCUGGGUGCGUUCCAGUGAUUUCCAUGUCCACCAGACCAUCACCCACCUUCUGCGAACACAUCUGGUGUCUGAGGUUUUUGGCAUUGCGAUGUACCGCCAGCUGCCUGCCGUGCACCCCAUUUUCAAGCUGCUGGUGGCACACGUGAGAUACACCAUCGCUAUCAACACCAAGGCCCGUGAGCAGCUCAUCUGUGAGUGUGGCCUCUUUGACAAGGCCAACGCCACAGGGGGCGGUGGGCACGUGCAGAUGGUGCAGAGGGCCAUGAAGGACCUGACCUACGCCUCCCUGUGCUUUCCCGAGGCCAUCAAGGCCCGGGGCAUGGAGAGUAAAGAGGACAUCCCCUACUACUUCUACCGAGACGACGGGCUCCUGGUGUGGGAAGCCAUUAGGAUGUUCACGGCCGAGGUGGUGGGCAUCUACUACGAGAGCGACCAGGUGGUGGAGGAGGACCCGGAGCUGCAGGACUUCGUGAACGACGUCUACGUGUACGGCAUGCGGGGCCGCAAGUCCUCCGGCUUCCCCAAGUCGGUCAGGAGCCGGGAGCAGCUGUCGGAGUACCUGACCGUGGUGAUCUUCACUGCCUCCGCCCAGCACGCCGCGGUCAACUUCGGCCAGGUAGGCGGGGCCCGCCCGCUGGGCAGAGCUCAUUCCCCAGGGCCGCUGCCUCCUCCCCCGCCCCAGCUUUGCACGGUACCGCACCCUCGAGCAGCCUCGGGGUCUGGCUUGGGACUUGCAGGAUGGAUUCUGCCCGUGCAGCCGAGGGCGCUGGCCGCGGGGGAAAAGGAUGGAUGGGCUGAAGGGCCCGCUGGAGUUGGGGGGCACGGGGAGGACGGGGCCCAGGGGGCAGCUGGGCAGCAGGGUUUCGGGGGUGCCCACGCUCGCUGGCGGUCGUCUCCUCAGUACGACUGGUGCUCCUGGAUCCCCAAUGCUCCCCCAACCAUGCGAGCCCCGCCGCCAACUGCCAAGGGCGUGGUGACCAUUGAGCAGAUCGUGGACACGCUGCCGGACCGCGGUCGCUCCUGUUGGCAUCUGGGUGCAGUGUGGGCGCUGAGCCAGUUCCAGGAAAACGAGCUGUUCCUGGGCAUGUACCCAGAAGAGCAUUUUAUCGAGAAGCCUGUGAAGGCGGCUAUAGCCCGAUUCCGCAAGAACCUCGAGGCCAUUGUCAGCGUGAUUGCUGAGCGCAACAAGAAGAAGCAGCUGCCAUAUUACUACUUGUCUCCAGAUCGGAUUCCAAACAGUGUGGCCAUCUGAGCACACUGCCAGUCUCACUAUGGGAAGGCCAGCUGCCCCAGCCAGCCGGACUCCAGCCUGCCUGGCAGGCUGUCUGGCCAGGCCUCUUGGCAGUCACGUCUCUUCUUCCGAGGCUAGUACCUUUCUGUUUAUUCUUUGAUCUUCAGGGAACCCCAUAGAUUGAGCAAAGUGUAAACACCAUAGGAACCCAUUCUACGCAGAGCAGGACUGCACAGUGUCCUGUCCACACCCAGCUCAGCAUUUCCACACCAAGCAGCAAUAACACAUCACGACCACUGAUAGAUAUCUGUUCUUGUUGGAGACAUUGGAUGAUUAUUUUCUGUUCUAUUUGUGCUUAGUCCAAUUCCUUGCACAUAGUGGGUACCCAAUUCAAUUAUUAUUGAAUGAAUUAAGAAUUGGUUGCCAUAAAAAUAAAGCGGUUCAUUUAAAA